ACAUUGAUACAGAAUCAAUGGGGGAGGAGGGGUAAGAAGUCAUUUCAAAGAGGGAAAAGAGAGAUAAAAACAACGUAUAAAAGUGCAACAAAACCCCGAUUCCUUCGCGGCGUCGCCCAUCGCUCCCUUCUUCCUCUUCUCAAGUCUUCCGAUUUGUAACCCUAAUAAGACUCAAUCUCGAUCUGCCGGCAGUCGUCUUCCUCUUCUUCGUCUUCUUCGUCUUCUUCGUCUCCGACAAGUUUCCUCUGACUGUAGCAGCCCCAGUCGAGGAGGGAUCAACUCCAGAGUCCAGACUCUGCCCCGGUUCUACACUUCUCCGGUACAGAUUUAUUAGAUUAAAGUUUUAAAAGACCACCACUAUGCUAGAAGGUGCACACAUCAGGCUUAAAGGAUGGCAGCAGGCAGCGGUUGCUCUUGGCUCAGCAUUUGGCGCAUUAUUGGAUCCAAAAAGAGCAGAUCUGAUAGCAGCUCUUGGGGAGACAACAGGAAAGCCGGCUUUCCAUAGAGUACUUGAAAGGAUGAAGAAAAGCCCUGAGGGGAGAGCAAUACUCUUGGAACGUCCACGCGUUAUAUCUACGAAGGUGGGACAUGCAUGGGACCUACCAGCAAACACAUUUGGAGCAGCCUAUGCAAGUUUCAUGGGAUCCAGGAACUUUUCACCAGAUGACCGACCACCUGUGCGGUUCAUGGACACAGAGGAGCUGGCUUAUGUGGCCAUGCGGUCCCGUGAAAUACAUGAUUUCUGGCAUGUGCUUUUUGGCCUUCCCACCAACUUAAUUGGUGAAUCGGCCCUAAAGGUGAUUGAGUUUGAGCAAAUGCUUCUACCUAUGUGCCUGCUGUCAGUCAUAGGGGGCAAUGCAAGGUUCAAUGAGAAGCAGAGGGCUUUGUUCUUCCAGCAUUACUUCCCUUGGGCCACACGGGCUGGUCUGCAGUGUACAGAUCUGAUGUGUGUCUACUAUGAACAGCACUUCCAUGAGGAUUUGGAGGAUGUCCGGAAAAAAUGGGGGAUAAUUCCUGCACCUGCUGCCCCUAAAAUAAAUGCAGCAUUUUAGUGGGGGAUGGAUUUUUUGUAGUUUUCUUAUGCCUAGUUGAAGCCGUAAUGCCCAGAAUUGAAAAUUUCUAUGUUCAUUUUUCACAAGUUUCUGGUAUGGUGGGCAUUUCAACUUUUAAAUCUCGUCCUGUCAAACUAGGCCAUUAGAUUUGUAUAUUGUACUUUGUCUGAAUUCUUUGGCAGAAAGAUCUGGAGGAAUUCCAAUAGAUGCUUACAAAAUAUUGAAGAGAUGUAUCUGAAUGAUGAAUAAGUAUGUUGGUUCCAUUAUUAGUGGCUAUCAACAAUCCUCCCACAAUUUGAGAGCAAUUAUCAAGAAGUCAAGGAAAGGAAGCAAUAACAGCAGUAGUAUUUGGAAUAUCAAAUACUAAAAAGAGAAAACAAAGAUUUGGACAGAAUAGAGGCAAAUCAUACUGAUAAAGCUAAUUACGUGGGAUAAACUCCAUGGGAUUGGAAAUUCAGAACUUCUGUGCCUAGGGGUAACAAGCGAACAAGUCUGGAGUUUGUUUUGUUUUGUACAUUGUUAAAUUGUUACAUUUUUAUUUACUUCUACUUAUGAUUCUUCUGGCUUUAUGGUUUCUUUCA